CUAACCUAAUCCUAAUUUCUUUCACCACUAAAGCCUCCCACGAGACGCACUUUCGCCCGUUGUUGUUGGAUCGAAUCUCUUCCUCCAAGAAGUCUUCAGAUUUCAUCAAGUUGGAGUAGUCGUCGAUGUCGCAGAGCCAGAAUCCAUCAACAUCGUCCUGUCGUGUCCACCCAUCAAGCAGCUGCAUCGUGAGAAGCAUCAGCAUCGAUAACCUUCCUCCCGCUGCCGUUUAUUAAGAUGCUCAAGAUAGGUCGUUACACGAAGAAAUCAAAGUUAGACUCAGUAUGUCAGCAAACUCAAACAGGAUCUGCUGCAGCUUCAUCCGUGCCCCAAGUGGAUGGCCUAAUUCCCCCUUCUGGUGGUACUGGUGCCGCCCUGACCUCAUCUUUACGCCCCUUUCGACCACCCGUACCGAAUCACCGCCUGCUCCACAGACUUGCACGAAUGGUGCUCAACACUCGGAACUGACUGAUGAAGACUUAGACCCAGAGGCAGAUGACGUAGAUUCUUUUGAGCAACACGUUGACAACAUAUUUGCUACAUUAGAGGCUCUGAAGCACAAGAGACGCAAGACCACCGAAUUUCGGGAUGUUAAAACAAUUGAGUCCGAUCGGACAAUCAAGCAACUUCAUUUAAAUGUAAGAGAGGCUAUGAAGCCACCUAAUGGUAGAAAAAUUGUACUCAGGUUCAACGAUAGACUACAACCAGUUGGAAAUGAAGCUAGUAUACUAAGCGGCGUUGUCAUAAUGCUAGGAUCUGACUUCACCAAAUUCCCAAUCUGUGAGAAAGACUGGAGAAAGGUUCGCUCUAGGGACAAGAUAUAUAACGAAUGUGUAAAGAUAGUGGAGGAAUUAUGAAGCGUACAAUAUUAAAAAUGCUAGGAAGGGCUUGGAAGGAGACGAGGAACCAUUUGUAUCAUUACUUUUACAAAUCAGAUCUGACUCUUGAACAAAAUAUUAAAGGCCGUCUAUCGGGAAUUACUGCGGAUCAUUGGAGAUGAUUCCUUGAUUAUCACAACAGUGAAGAAACAAAGCUCUUAAUUUUGAUGGCAUAACAGGAGAAGUGUAGGAAAAAUACUGAGAAUCGAUCGAAGCAAUUAUACACUCAUACUGGCGGAUCGAAAAGCUUGGCAAGGCUCGGAGAAGAAGAGGAAAAAGUUAAGAUUCACUUACUUUUUGAACCUUCUCUACAUAUACUUAUUCACUAUUUAAGCUAUAUUGUUGCAGUCGAAACGACAGGGGCGUCCAGUUAGUAGGGGGAGUUAUUUGUCUUAACGCACAAAUAAUCUAAUGGAUCCUAUCUCCAUGAUGCAGCUCGGGCUAUUGGUGUUAGUAAUGUGUUGAGAAUCGCUAUGUUGUUUCACAUAAGUUUUGUUUGUUAAAAUUAUGUUCAAAGUUUGUUCGGUUAGCAAUUAGCUAAUAAUUGCUUAUGUUCGCUUAUCUAACUGCGUAGGAAAGAAUUACAGAGAUUGAGCAACAUGAUGAAUCAUCUAGACUGUUGUCUCAGAAUGAUUCACUUGCUCAAACUCUUGGAAAGGAGCACCCAGGUAGAGUGCAUGGCAUGGGAAUCGGACCGACUACUAGUCAAGUGUUUGGUACGAAUUCACCUCAGCCGAGCAUUAGAACUCAAAGGGAGGAGACUCAAAGGGUGUUGCUUGAACUACAAGCAGAGCUGUCGGUUGACAAAUUAAAAAGGAAGGCAAUAGAGGAUGAAGUAGUAGCCGAGAAGACCAAAAGGCAAGCAAUGGAGAGUGCUCCGAUGUGUCUAGUUCAAGGGCAAGGUGGGGAGCUACCACCAGACCUGGCUCCAUGGAUGAAUUCAUUGGAGGAACAUAGUAGAGAGUAGAACUAAAGAUUUGAAAUUUAUUCUUUAAGAUAAAUAUACACUUUUUUAUUGUUGAUUAUGCAACUCUUAGU